AUGGAUUUAAACAGCUCUCCUCGUAAGCAGAUUCCAUUAGCACGUGGGGAUGAGACACCUCGUAAACCUUCCGCUCCAUCUCUGACCAGACGGGUCUUCUAUUGCGGGGUCGUGGUUGAGGGUUGUGAUAGUGGCAGAAGGUUGCCCGAAGAUGUCCAAGAUCUGGUUCUAUCUCUAGGAGACCCCUGGUUGAGUCAGAAUGAUAGCCACAUUCUGCCUUCCGCAACAGACACAUCGUUCUCAGAACACCACCAGCCCGACGGUUUGCAGCGUAAACGUGCGCUUACAGAUUCGACGGCUCUAACUGACGUGGUUAACGAACUCGUCAAUACUGAACGAUCGUACGUCAAGAGACUUCAAAUACUGAAGAACGACUAUGCAGACCCGCUUCGACAAUUUUCCCGCAACAAGAACACCGCAAUCUUGCCUGCGUAUGAGGCUAAAACAUUAUUCGGCAAUAUCGACAAUUUACUCCCAGUUAAUGAGGCGUUCCUACUGGAUCUCGAGAAGAUGGUUGCACCUGAUGGUCCUGAAACAGUUGGGGGUGUCGGGGAUGUUGCCCUACGACAUUUCAAAGAUCUACGAGGGUUCGAGUACUAUAAACAGUACUACGUCAAGCGAGAGGAAGCCCAGUCAAUAUUUGAACGCGAGAUGAUGAAGAAAUCGUCUGGUUUCGCCGCAUACAUUGACCGGAUCAAGUAUUCGAAUACCGAUGCCAGGAAUCGUGUUGGUCUGCGCGAGCUACUCAUGGAUCCUGUUCAGCGGAUUCCGCGAUAUACGUUACUCUUUCGCACUAUGAUGAAGUAUAUGGCAUCCGGAGAUCCACAGCGCACCAAAUUGAUGGAAGCCGAUGAUAUCGCUAGCAAGAUCGCUCUUGCAGAAACAGACGAACAAACCAAGCGAGCAGCAAUUAUGCAUUGCCUCAACGCAACAGUGGAUGGUUUUCCUCCUGGCUUGAUUUCAAUUUCACGACGGUUCAUCGAUUGCAUUGAUGUCGAUGAUAUUGUGCAAGAUGGCCUUGCAUCUGCAUCUACCUCCGUCUCUAGCCUCGCUCUCAACGUGCUACAUUGUACGCUAUUUCUUUUCGAUGACAAGUUGAUGAUCGUCAAGCGACCUGGUAAUGGCGAGAAAAGUGGACGUUCGUUAGCUGGCUUGGACGACCUUGAUAGACUUGCGAAGACUGGCGGUUUACCACUGCGCAUGAAGAAAAGUGGCUUAAGUUGCAAAGGUGUCAUUGAUUUACCCGACAUCGUUGCUGCUGACGUCGGUGGUGCUGACUUUCACGUGUAUAUCGAGAAUCCACCUCAAGACCAAAGUGAUCGUUGGUCCGGUCGCUCAUUCCGUUGUCUUUCUGUUGUCUUCCCUCCUGCGCCAGCAAACCUCGACCCUACUCGGACUACCAGCGAGAAGGACCGGUUCCUCGAGAAUUUAUGGAAUGCGCAGGCGAAAUACAGGACUAAGUCAGGACAAUCAGUUGUCUUAUGCGCUGAUGAGCGUGAAGUAGAGUCGAGAGGAGGAAGGGUUACUAUGGCUCGCACCUACUUCAAUGUAUACCAACGAACAGCCUUUUUGCAAGAACCCAAAAAGACAAAGAUCGUCAUGCAUAUAGACACGUUGGGGACCGCGGACCCCAUUCCAUUUGGAAUAAACGGACCUCCAUAUGUGGUAGUCAGAAUACAACCUAUGGCGGGGGAGAUCUCGCGAUAUACAGUUACCUCCAGCGAUCCGUCUGACGAGUCGGAGGAAGACAUUGUUCAAACUGCAAGGAUACCAGGUCGCAUUGUCCAAACAAUCCAUCAAUACGGCCUGUUCAAGUUUAAAACUAGCAAUGACUCCCGUCCUGCUACCCCAACUGCGAGCUCAAGGUCUCGGGCACAUAUAUUUAGCCUGGACGUGAUCUCAAGAAAUCUAUUCAACGCCAUACCAGGUUCUUCCAAGGGUGAUUUCUUCAGUGGUUCCAUUAAUAGUCAUCGCCGGUCGAAGUCAUCUACUAGUCGCUCAUCUAUCUACACCCAAACAACAACAACUACAGGCGACGGAAGUUUGACCAAGUUCUCUCGUCGAUCCAAUUCGACGGCUACUGCUCCAACUUCUUUGGCAGACGAUGACUCUCUCUAUGCCACCAAAUCUUCGAGUUCGCGCAAAAAAUUGGUCAAAAGAAGUCGUUCACCGGGCACUUGUCGUUCCUCUCCAUUAUCCCGGCAGACCUCUCCGUCACGAGACAGUUCCGGAAUAUCAUUCUAUAGCGAUGGAGAGGAAGAGUUACCAGUUCGCCAGGACCCAUCUGACCAAGAUUUAUCACUGCGUCUAGAACUCGCGCGACGCAACAGCCAGAACCAGCACGGAAAGCAGGCCGCGAAGCCUUCGUUGGAUAGACCAGGAGAAGACACUAUCUAUGAAGAUGAUCCACCUCGGUCUUUACGUCCCACUUCUCGAGCCUCAAUAGCAGCAAGUCAGCGAUCGACGACUCCUCGUCUCACAUCGACAUCUCCAGGCACAGGAACACGGCGACCUCGUUCUCGAUUUGGUCCUCGUAGCAUCUCCCCAUUGCCACCGAAGAGUCCGACAAGUACUCCACCCGAUCUUCCAUCCAUGGAUGAUGAGCUUGCGUUAGAAGCCCAUAUUGCGUUGGAAGACCACAUAGACUCUUUCCAAGAUGAUUCAUCUUCCAUUGAGGAUGAUGUUCCCUCUCCAUUACCACGCAGUAGACGUCAACCAUUCGUUACGACUGAUAAUAUGGAUUCCACGCCGAGACAGUCCAGCUCAACAACAGGCAGCGUGGAGCCACUCUCAAUCAAAAAGAAGCCAUCUACCAGGUCUAGUACAUAUACUCCAAGCCGUAAAUCAUACACGAGAAUUUCCCCGCUGUCCAAGAGCACGGCGAGGAUCGUGUCUCCACGCAAAGUUUCACCUCAAAUUCGAAUCGCGCGUGUAGCCCACGCUCAUUCUCCCCAAGUUGACCAUGCAGACGAACUAUUGCGAUUCUCCCUAUCUACCAAAGAUGAUGUUGAGUCAUCACAUCGUGUCAUCAAACGGAUGAAAUUGGACCUACAGGAGAUUCGAGCUAGUGAUGACAUAGCGAGUCUCGACGAAUCACGGAGAUGCUCUUCUCCUGAUAAGUCACUUGCUCGCACCCCACAGCGGCCAAUUCCCCAGCCCAUCACCAGGGAAGCGCAGCAACGACUAGACGAGAUGAGACAAUUGAUCAGUAAACGCCAGCAGGAGGGUACCCCUUUCAGUCGACCACGAAGUUUUGUGACAGAACUAUCUACGCCUGCACCACCUGCAACACUGAGUAUAUCGAACGUCAACCUGUUGAGCGAGUCCGUUGCUGAUGCUGACAAGCUCUUGGCUUCUGCUUUGUCAAGCCAUGAGACAUUGCACCAGAACCUUACGCAAGUGGUGUCUGAUUUCAAGGAGAAACUAUCUGACUUGGAGAAAGCUCGAGUGGAACUUCAGAACACGAAACGUCAAUGCGAACUUGUGAAGAGUCUUCUUGCAGAUGCUACAGCAGAGAAGGAGAUCAUGUACGAGGCGUUCAACGAAGAGCUAGAUGCUAUGUAUAACGAUGCACAUCUCCCGGAUGACGAAGCAUGGACUAACAUGACGGCUGAUCUUCGCGAGUCGAAGGAAUCGCAGAAUGCACUGAGAAAGGAGAACUCGCAAGUACAUUUGAAAAGGAGGCUAGCUGAGGUCGAAUCUGAAAAAGAAGAAUGGGGUGUAUUGCUGCGGGCACACGGACUUAUCCCUUAG